AUGGCCGUCGCCGUCGACGUCCGCGGCUACAUCCAGCUCCUCCGCUCCUGCAGCGCCGUGGCCGGCCAGCAGCUGCACCAGGCCCUCCUCAAGUCGGGCCACGUCCCGUCCUCCCUCCCGCCAUCCAACUCCGUCCUCCUCAUGUACGCGCGCUGCUCCCCUGCCCACCGCCGCGACGCACGGCGCCUGUUCGACGAAAUGCCAGGCAGGAACUGCUUCUCCUACAACUCCCUCGUCACCGCCCACCUCAACUCCCGGGACCACCAUGCGGCGCUCACGCUCUUCCGCUCCAUGCCCGAAAGGAACAACUUCUCGUGGAACACCGUGAUCACCGGCAUGGUCUCCGCCGGCGACCUCGACACGGCCCGUGCCCUGCUGGACGAGAUGCCCGUCAAGGACGCCGUGGCUUGCAACGCUGUGUUGCAUAGGUAUGUCCGGAGCGGGCGCAUUGACGAGGCGUUUGCUUUGGUCAGAGCGAUUGGUUUGGAGUGCGGCACGGCGGCAGCCUCACCGUGCAACGAUCCAUUUGUGCUUGCCACUAUUAUCGGUGCUUGCGCUGACCGGAUGAAGUAUGAUUUUGGGAGACAAGCACAUGGUCGGAUGGUGGUUGCCAAGGUCGAACUGGAUUCAGUGUUGACUUGCACAUUGGUUGACAUGUACUGCAAGUGUGGCGAUCUGGACUCUGCUCGCAGCGUCUUUGAUGGUUUAGCGCAGAUUGACGAGUUCUCAGUUUCUGCCCUGGUCUAUGGCUAUGCUUCACGUGGACAGUUAGACGAGGCGUUACGUAUUUUUUACAGGGUGGAGAACCUUAACAUUCUGUUGUGGAAUUCUGUCAUCAGUGGCUGUGCAUUUGCAUGCCUUGGAGAUGAUGCUUUUGCUCUGUUUGUAAGGAUGAUGCUGUCAGAUGUGUUGCCUGAUUCUUCAACUUUUGCCAGCGUUCUGAAUGUCUGUGCCUUUUCGGGCAUGCUCAAGCCUGGGAUUCAGAUACAUGGGUGUGGUCUCAAGAGUGGGACUGUCAAUGACAUGAUAGCAGCAAGCGCUCUCAUUGACUUCUACUCAAAAUGCAGCCUCUGGGAGGAUGCCUGCCGAGCUUUCAGUGAGCUUAGGUUUUAUGACACCGUUGUGCUCAAUUCAAUGAUCACCGUAUACUCAAACUGCGGGAGGAUAGAAGAGGCGAAAAGAGUUUUUUACAGGAUUACUAGCAAGAGUGUCAUAUCAUGGAAUUCUAUGGUUGUCGGGUUGAGCCAGAAUGGGCAUGCAAUUGAUGCCAUGGAGCUGUUUUGUGAGAUGCAUCGCCUUGGUGUGAGACUCGACAAGGUUGCUAUAGCAAGUGCUCUGAGUGCAUCAAGUAACAUUUGCUCCAUAAGUUUUGGGGAGCAGAUCUUUUCUCUUGCCACCGUUCGUGGCUUGCAGUGUGACAAUGUUGUAGCCGCUUCACUCAUUGAUCUGUACUGCAAAUGUGGCAACUUGGCUAGUGGGUGCAAGGUUUUCGAUGGAAUAGACAAGUCUGAUGAAGUCCUGUGGAACUCAAUGCUAAUUGGUUAUGCUUCCAAUGGGCAUGGACAUAAGGCACUGGAACUCUUGGAGUUGAUGAAAGUUAGGGGUAUAAGACCAACCGAACGGACAUUUGUUGGUGUCCUUUCUGCGUGCUGCCAUUCUGGACUUGUGGAAGAAGGACUGACAUGGUUUAAGCAAAUGCAGGAAGAUUUCUGCGUGUCUCCAUCAGCUGAGCAUUAUGCAUGUGUGACUGACCUGUUAGUCCGUGCAGGUCGGUUAGAUGAAGCAGUUGAGUUCAUAGAGAAUAUGCCCUUUAAAGCUGAUCCAAUAAGUUGGACUACAGUUGUUAGUGGAUGCAAAGCUCAGGGCAAUGAGGCUUUAACUCAUAAGAUAGCAAAGAGGCUGACGGAGAUGGGGAAAUCAGAGUCACCACAUUCCAGUCUGUAUGUGCAGCUGUCCAGUGUGCUUGCUGCUCAAGGGGAUUGGGUCAAAUCAGAAGAAAUGAGGGGUUUGAUGCGUGAGAGAAGAAUCACGAAGAAACCUGGUUACAGUUGGAUUGACAGUUAGGAAUUACAUUACUAUCAGCUGUUGUGUUGAAAAUUUAUAGGAGCAUAUUAUUUUUGCAUUUGUCUGGGAGAAGUAGUUUUUCGACCGCAAAACAUCCAUGUAAACAGAUGAGGAAAGAAAUUGCCUCUGGGAAAAUAUAAAGAAGGCACACAGAGGAAUGUUGGCUUUCUCUAUCAAAUUACCUUUUUACUGACCAUGAAUAAACUCGGGUGGGGAAGAUACUGCGCCGAGUUUGCUUUUUUCACUAUUCAGAACAGAAAGAUAUGGAGACAUCAGGUUUUGGUACUCCUAGCAGUAAGAAAUGUACAGAUUGAAGCAUAGUCGAGUGGUUGGGAGUGCCUGCUCCCUUCCCACCCAUCAGAGUUUCAGUCCCCUUGUUGGCAAUUUCGGUGGUGUUGGACCAUUCCUCUUAAUGAAAUGCCACGAGGCUCCUCCCCUGUUAGCCUUUUUUUUCUGGAACUUUUGGCUAUCACUGAUAAGUGGAUAUGGUACUCCAUCUUCUUCUGGGAAGGCCAGCUUGCUUCACUGGGGCAUCAAAGAACCGCAUUGCGCGUACUGAGUACAGAGCUCCAGAAGGAUAGCAGCUUGUGUCAGGCAAGUCCUCUGAAGGAUCCCAAGGUUCUACAUGCAGAAAUCUCCGACGCCAAUUUGAAAAUCCAAGGAGGAGGAGGUUAAACUUCAUCUAUUACUCGUACUUGA